GUGCAGUUCAUUUUGUAUUCAGUGCUUCCCAGUAAAAUUAUAAGCUCUGAGAGGACAGGGACUGACUCUUAUAUUUGUUUUUUUCUUAACCCCUUAUGUUCUAACCUAGAAUUGAACACACAGUAAAAUUUUGAUUAUAUGUUCAAGAAAGAUAUGGGCAAAGUAAAAUGCCAUUAGCUGAGGAUUGUGCAUCAGAAUUUAGCAAGGAAACAUCAAAGAUGAUAAACGAUUUUUUCUGUGUAUCCUCCACAUUACCUAGCUCAGUGCCAGGCAUGUAGAAGUUCAAUAAUUGCUGACUUAUUGAAGCCUUAACAGAAGUUUGAAUUCAUUGAGGGAUUCUAGGAUUCAGGCUGAUGGGACGGGAAAGUGGGAGCAGUGUGUCAGCACUCCUCUGCCUGCUGUCUCAGAACAGAGAUCAACUCAGCUCUGACCCCACAGGAACAGCCAUGAGGAACAGAAUCCUUGCUGAAUACCAAACUCCUCUCCCUUCCCAAAUCUGAUCCUCCAGCCUGUUUCCAACUUUACUUAAUGUUACCACUGUCCUACCGGCCAACCAUGCAGCAAAGUUUUGAAUUACUUUUGACACCUCUCGACCACAUCCAGUUACUGACUGUGAAUCUCUGCUCUCUCUUUUGUUCCUGCCAUUAGUACACUGGUUCAGGCUUCAUCACCUUUAUUUUCUUUUUUUUUAAAGAAGAUCUACAACUUUAUUUUUUUUUUCUAGUUUCAUGGAGCAGUUCAACAUCAACAUUUACCUCAUUUCAAGCACACACACACACUCACAGCUUGGCAUUAUACAGAUGUACUGAAACUUGAUUUGGUUUUGUGUAUGUGUGGUUGGUUUUUUUUGGUGAGGAAGAUUGGCCCUGAGCUAACACCCCUGCCAAUCUUCCUCUGUUUGUAUGUGGGAUGCCACCACAGCAUGGCUUGAUGAGUAGUGUAUAGGUCCACACCCUGGAUCCAAACCCAUGAACCCUGGGCUGUCCAAGCGGAGCCUGUGAACUUAACCACUAUGCCCCCAGGCAGGCCUAGGCCUCAUCACCUUUAACCAAGAUUACUGUUACUACUCAUUUCUCUAAGUCUUGCCUUAUCCAGUUCCUUCUAUCCACAGGCAGCCAGUGUAAUCAUCCAAAUUGGAGCACAAUUGAUCAAUGUAUCUCUUAUUCUCUGACUUAAAAAUAUUUAUGAUUCUCCAUCUCCUACAGGUUAAAGUUCAAAUUCCUUAAUAUGGCAUUCAAGGACGUCCAGUGAUUUGACCCCAGGCUUCCACUCCACCCUCAUGCCCUGGUCCACCCUUUAAACACCCUAUGCUGAGUCAACUACUUGCCCUUCCAUAUAAUUGACCUCUGUGUUCUUCUGCCACUCUCUUUGCUUCUGUUAUUUCCUGUGCCUAAAAACCACUUCAUUCUCUGACAAAAAGCAACAUACUGUAAUGGUUAAGAACAUGAAUUCGAGCGCAAAUGUGUUUGAAUCCUAGUUUUGCCACCCACUGGCAGUGUAAGCUUGGGCAAUUUACCUAAAAUUCUCUGUGCCGCACUGUUUGUGUUUAUAAAAUAAGCAUAACACCAAUUUCAUAGGGUUGUUAUGAGGAGCAAAUGAUUAUAAAUGACUUCAGGUAGGUAUAAUCUCUACCCUUUCCAAGGCAUGCUUUCCUAUCCCUCUGCCGCACUUCUUUGUAUUCAGGUCUUAACUCCCUCUGGACUAAGUUCUUUAAGGAUCUUUGACAACUAUCUUUGUAUCCCUUAUCACUCAGGGCCUUGAACAGAAUAACUACUUAAGAAAACGUUAGGGAAAUGUGAGUUACUAUUGGGCUACACAGUAUACACCAGUAAUACAAUACCAGUCAGUUGAGGAGAGUAGGAGGGUGGAAGGUAAGUAUUCAUUCUAACGAAUGCUUUACCUGCCUGCCAUGAGCUUGGCACUGGGAAUUCAGCAGUGAAGAAGGCCCAAACUAAAGUUAGAGGAGUUUCUAAACUAGUAAGGGAUAGGAUUUUGAGCUGGGCGCUGAGGUGGUGAAUUAUGAUGGAAGGAGCUGGAGGGAUUCCAGAAUGGCAGAGGGUAACUGGGCAGGAUAAGAUGAUGGUUAAAUUUGAUCAGAAAUUAUAGGUCAAAAGGAGGAUGUGGCUAUGUUCUUUUACCCCUAGCAGGGCUCUUGAAUUUCCUAGCUGAGAACCUGGUUUUUUGGGAAGACAUGCAGUGCCAAUUAAGAUUUGUCACUCCUCUUCCUCUCGUCCAUAGAAAAUGACCUUGCCUUUCUGCUCAAAACUAUGCUUCUCUUUCCACUCUGUGACUCCAUGUUUACAUCUUCCAUCCUCAGUACAUGUUUCCAUCAGUCUGUCUCAGCAAUACCUUCUACGUGUUGGGCUCUUGGCUAGACCCUGGGGCUACAGGAAGGAACCUUGCUUUCAAGGGACUCAUGAACACAAUCCAGUGAACAGACCAUGACUAAACAGUGUGAUUGGUGCCGUGCCCAUGUGUGUUAACCCCAGGGUGCCAACCUGAGGAGUAGAGAGAGGCUUCCCCUAGGUAAUGACCCCACUAGAACUGUCUUGAUGGCUGGACCAGAGCUCUGUCACCCAAGAAAGAGUGAGGGCCUACCUUCAGAAACUGAACAGCUAGUGUAUAAUCUUGGAGCCUCUGAGCCAGAAUACACUGGAAUGACUCCACUUUAUCCCUAUCUCCUUUCCCCUCAGGCCAGGAUCCAUUCACCACCCCUUUCCCAGCACUGGCUGAACUGCUCUUUGGCCGCAUUAAAACUUGGCCUGAGAUGGAGGAAGAGUGAGGAAGCUACUGCACCAAUAUGGCUGACUGAAGCUGCCCAAGGCCCUGGAAGGAGGAAGUGGAUAAGUGCCUUAUCCAAAAGGAUACAGCAGCCUCGGGUCUUAUCAGGGGGCAGAAGCUUCCUUACUCCUUCCCCCACCUCUGACCAAGUCACAGGGUGCCAGAGCAGUGCAGGCAGCUGCAGAGGGGGUAGGGUGGGGAACUGUAGAAGUGUGGGCUAGUGUCGAGGUGUAUGGACAAGUUAGUUCAUGGUUGCACUAGCCUAAGCAGACGGCAAUGGUGGCUUUAGACCAGCAUGGUGGUAGUGGAAAUGGGGUGAAGAUUCAAGAGAUGCACUUAAGAGUCAGAAUCAACAGAACUUGGUGAUAAACUACUCUCAGGAUAAGGGAGGAGUCAUGGCUUUCAGCCAUGAGCAUCCACCCCCAGGGUGGCCUCACCCACUUCCUGGCAAUCCUAGAAACCAAAUAGGUCCAGCUCCUAUAGCCCUUUGCUCUGCCUACCGCUCAGCAAAUGGGUUCCAGUUUGAUAAGAAAAGACUUCCUGUGGUGGAAACCGAAAAGAAGAGGAAGAAGCCAGCCCAUUCCUACCUAGGAGGUUGUGGAAGAAGGAAUAUGGCCAGAGCUUUGCGUCCACUUCAUGCCCUCUGGCUUCUGGAGUGGAUGCAGCUGCUCUUGGGACCCGGUACAGCCCCUCCAGCCUGGGCCUUGAACCUGGACCCGGUGCGGCUCACCUUCUACACAGGCCCCAAUGGCAGCCACUUUGGGUUUUCACUGGACUUCUACAAAGACAGCCGUGGGAGCGUGUCCAUCGUGGUGGGCGCCCCGCGGACCCUAGGCCGCAGCCAGGAGGAAAUGGGCGGCGCUUUCCUGUGCCCCUGGAAGGCCCAGGGCGGCCAGUGCACCUCGCUGUCCUUCGACCUCAGUGAGUCCCGCGCAAGGAAGGAAAGGGAGGAGCUAGAGGGAGCGUGCCAGCCGAGCUUCAGCGCCCCAUCCCUCUUGUGUCCUCCAGAUGAUGAGACGCGAAACACAAGCUCCCAAAUUUUCCAAACCUUUAAGGCCCAGCAAGGACUGGGGGCGUCGGUCGUCAGCUGGAGCGACUACGUUGUGGCCUGCGCCCCCUGGCAGCACUGGAACGCCCUGGAAAAGACCGACGAGGCUGAGAAGACGCCGGUAGGUGGCUGCUUCGUGGCUCAGCUCGAGAACGGCCGCCGCGCGGAGUACUCGCCCUGUCGGGACAACAUCAUGAGCCAUGUUUACAGCAAAACCUACUUGGGAGACAAGCGCUACUGCGAAGCCGGCUUCAGCUCGGCGGUCACUCAGGCUGGGGAGCUGGUGCUUGGGGCCCCUGGCGGCUAUUAUUUCUUAGGUCUCCUGGCGCGGGCUCCAAUUGCCAAUAUCGUCUCGAGUUACCGCCCGGGCACCCUCUUAUGGAGCGUGCCCACCCAGCGCUUCACAUUCGAUUCCAUGAAACCAGAGUACUUCGACGGCUACCGGGGGUACUCAGUGGCCGUGGGCGAGUUCGAUGAAGAUCUCAGCACUACAGAGUAUGUCUUCGGUGCCCCCACCUGGAGCUGGACCCUGGGAGCGGUGGAAAUUUUAGACUCGAACUUCCAGAUGCUGCACCGGCUACAUGGAGAGCAGAUGGCUUCGUAUUUCGGGCAUUCGGUGGCUGUCACUGACGUUAACGGGGACAGGAGGCACGACCUGCUGGUGGGCGCACCACUGUACAUGGAAAGACGUGCUGACCGCAAGCUGGCGGAGGUGGGGCGCGUGUACUUGUUCCUUCAGCCUCGAAGCCCCCAACCGCUGGGCCCCGCCAGCCUCCUGCUGACCGGCACACGGAUCUAUGGACGAUUUGGCUCGGCCAUCGCUCCUCUGGGCGACCUCAACCGAGAUGGCUACAAUGAUGUUGCAGUGGCCGCCCCCUAUGGUGGUCCCGAUGGUCGGGGCCAAGUGCUGGUGUUCCUGGGUCAGAGUGAGGGGCUUAGCUCACACCCCUCCCAGGUCCUGGACAGCCCCUUCUCCACAGGCUCUGCCUUCGGCUUCUCCCUUCGAGGUGCCACAGACAUCGAUGACAAUGGAUAUCCAGACCUAUUGGUGGGAGCUUACGGGGCCAACAAGGUGGCUGUGUACAGAGCUCAGCCGGUGGUGAUGGUCACUGUCCAGCUGCUAGUGAACGAUUCGCUGAAUCCUGCUGUGAAGAAUUGUGUGCUGCCCCAGAAAAAGACAUCAGUGAGCUGCUUUGACAUCCAGAUGUGUGUGGGAGUCACUGGGCACAACAUUCCUGAGAAGCUGCGCCUAAAUGCCGAACUGCAGCUGGACCGGCAGAAGCCCCGCCAGGGCCGGCGGGUGCUACUGCUGAGCUCUCAACAGGCAGGCACCACGCUGCACCUGGACCUGGGCGGGAGGACCAGCCCCAACUGCCGCACCAUCGAGGCCUUCCUCCGAGAUGAGACUGACUUCCGGGACAAGCUGAGCCCCAUCGUGCUCAGCCUCAAUGUGUCCCUGCAGCCCGAGAAGGAUGGAAUAGCCCCUGCUCUCGUGCUGCAUGGAGACACCCACGUCCAGGAGCAGACCCGCAUCAUCCUGGACUGUGGGGAAGACGACCUGUGUGUGCCUCAGCUUCACCUCACUGCCAACGUGACGGGCUCCCCACUCCUAAUUGGAGCCGAUAAUGUACUGAAGCUGCAGAUGGAUGCCACCAACGAGGGUGAGGGGGCCUAUGAGGCUGAACUGGCCGUGCAGCUGCCCCCAGGUGCCCACUACAUGCAGGCCCUCAGCAACAUAGAGGGCUUUGAGAGGCUCAUCUGUGACCAGAAGAAGGAGAACGAGACCAAGGUGGUGCUGUGUGAGCUGGGCAACCCCAUGAAGAGGAAUGCCCAGAUAGAAAUCACGAUGUUGGUGAGUGUGGAGAACCUGGAAGAAGCUGGGGAGACUGUGUCCUUCCAGUUGCAGAUAAGGAGCAAGAACAGCAAGAAUCCGAACAGCGAGACUCUGCGGCUGCAUGUACCUGUCCGGGCGGAGGCCCGCGUGGAGCUGCGAGGGAACUCCCUUCCAGCCUCCCUAGUGGUGGCAGCAGAAGAAGAUGACAGGAAGAACAGCUCAGACAGCUGGGGUCCCAAAGUGGAGCACACCUAUGAGCUCCACAACAAUGGCCCUGGUGCUGUACGUGGCCUGCGCCUCAGCCUCCACCUCCCGAGCCAGUCCCAGCCCUCUGACCUGCUCUACAUCCUGGAUAUUCAGCCCCAGGGGGGGCUUCAGUGCUCCCCACAGCCGUCUCCUAACCCCCUCAAGCUGGACUGGGGGCUGCCCACCCCCAGCCCUUCCCCUGUUUACCACCCCCGUCACCAACGGGAGCGCAGAGAGGCAUUCCUGCCAGGGCCAAUGCAGCCCUCGAGGCUUCAGGACCCAGUUCUUGUGAACUGCGACUCGGCGCCCUGUACUGUGGUGCAGUGUGAGCUGGAGGAGAUGGCGCGUGGGCAGCGGGCCAUGGUCACCGUGCGGGCCUUUGUGUGGCUGCCCAGCCUUCGCCAGAAGCUACUGGAUCAGUUUGUGCUACAGUCACGCGCUUGGUUCAACGUCUCCUCCCUUCCGUAUGCCGUGCCCACCCUCAGCCUGCCCAGCGGGGAAGCUCUGGUGCAGACGCAGCUGCUUCGGGUCUUGGAGGACAGGGCCAUUCCAAUCUGGUGGGUGCUGGUAGGCGUGCUGGGUGGCCUGCUGUUGCUCACCCUCCUGGUCGUGGCCAUGUGGAAGGUCGGCUUCUUCAAGCGGAAUCGGCCACCGCUGGAAGAAGAUGAAGAAGAUGAGUGAUGAUGCAGCCCAUACUCUGUCCCAGCAGGAGGACUGGGUGUGGGGCCUGCUCUGCCCCAUCUUCUCCAAGUGCCCCCCAGCUCUGGUCAGACACAGGUCAGAGCUGUUCCAUGGAGGCCUCCUGAGCCACCCCCUUUCCUGCUGCCUAAUAAAGAGGCUGAGCCCCAA